UGUUUCAAAAACAAAAGGGCUCCGAAACUUCUCUUUACUUAUUCCUUUGAUUGGUUAGAAAUUUUUGUGGCCUCUUAAAAUGACUAAGUUUUGGACUUUCCUCUCAGCUCUUCAUUCCAUCGCUGGGCCUGUAGUGAUGCUGCUUUAUCCGUUAUAUGCGUCGGUGCUAGCAAUAGAAAGCCCAUCAAAAGCAGAUGAUGAGCAGUGGCUUGCUUAUUGGAUUCUCUACUCUUUCCUAACUCUCUCAGAACUCAUCCUUCAAUCUCUCCUAGAGUGGAUACCGAUAUGGUACACGGCGAAGCUAGUGCUGGUCGCAUGGUUGGUUUUGCCGCAAUUCAGAGGAGCUGCUUUCAUAUACAACAGAGUCGUGAGGGAACAGUUUAGGAAGUAUGGCAUCCUCAAACCUAAGGUCAAUUAUUUCAUCUCUAAGCUAUCUUCCUAUAAUUUAUUAUAACGUAAAUAUAUAUCUUGAACUCAUAUAUCAUAUACUUGAUCUGAAAUUAUUAUGGUGGUGAUGAGAAUCUUUGUGAGGGCAAACCUUGUCUUAAUAAGUUGGUCCACAUGAUAGCUGGGUUUUAAUCCUACGAAUAUGGUUUGGUCAUUUUUCUGUUUUGUUUUGAGCCUAAACUCUGGUUUUCACUAUGCAAGCAGCAAGUCCAAGGACCUUUCAUUUUCUUAAAACAUAAAAGUUUACCGAGGCAUGUAGUAUGCGUUGCCAAAAUCAAAACCCGUUUUUAAUACUUCAGUCAAGGUUGAAACGAACUGGAUUUAAACUGAUGUAUUUAAAACGGGGUUGGUUCAAGUGGAGCGGAGCCACAAUCUAUCACAAUAUUCUUGAUUCAAAAAAUGCUGUCAAAUUCUGAGAUCAAAAGCACAAUAGGUUGCAAAAACAAAAGAAUAACUAUACCAAUGAAUUUUCUUAAAUUUCCUUACUAAUGUGAUUUCUUUUUAAUCAAAAAAGUACUAGCAUGGUGGUCUAGGUUUGUAAUACUACAUGUGAAAUAGAGAGAAGCAGUAUUGUGUAUUGACGGUCACUUUUUAAAAUUUGGUGUUUGGAGUACAGGCACAACACCAGACUGAGUGACUAAAAAGAGAAUGCACGGAACACAAAGAGGUUUCAGAGUUGGUUCCUUCAAUUUCUAAUCUUGAUGCUUUCCUUUUGUCUUUCUAUCCUGUUUAAUUUAUGCGUUUACAAGUUGACGAUAUGAUUGUAAUUUCGUCUUGUGAGCUGUCUGCUUGAAACUAUGCGUAAAGAAAUUCAAUCUGACGUCAAAAUUAUUAUUUUUAAUAUACUACCAGUCUAAAUUUCGG